AUGGACAAGGAGAGCUCAAGCCGUAAACGAAGAGAUUCCGACUCACAUCGCGAUAGAGACACGCCCAAAGACCACCACCACCACCGCUCUAAGCACGAUGGUGACCGCCGCAGAUCCGACGAACACCAUCGCCGUCGCUCGGACUCUAGAACCGAGCGAGAGGGAAGCGAGGAUCGAGAAAUGCGCCGCGAGCGCGACAGAUCCCGUUCAGUCGAGAGAAAAAAGAGGAAGGAGAGAGAGGGGAGUGAGGGGAGAAGCGAUAAAAGAACUAAGGUUUAUGAUGACAAUGAUAGGGAGAAGCGUAGAUUUGAAGAUGAUAAAAGGGGGAAAGGUAGUGAGAGUCCUGGAUACGAGGGGAAGUAUGUGAAUAAAGAUGUGAAGGGUGAUUACGAUGGGAGUGGAAAGCAAGGGGAGACUGGUUCUGUUGCCAAUGGUGCUGCAACAGGGCCAAUCACAACACUCUCUAGCACUUCAUUUCAGACUUCUCCGGCUUGUAGCCUUUCUCCUACUACUAAGGUAUCUUCAAUUACCAAGACAAAUGAAAAUAAGGGAGUUAAUAUUAACAGAUCUCAUGAGGUUCCUGGGAAAUCCAGUACAGAUGGGACAGCUUCUGAUGUUGGAAAGAGUCGAGGUUUGUCCCUUGAUGCUUUAGCAAAAGCUAAGAGAGCCUUACAAAUGCAGAAGGAGCUUGCACUAAGAAUGAAGAAGAUUCCUGCUUUAAACAGAGAUUCAGCGUCAAUCGGUGGUGGUAGUUCAGGAGUGGGUGAAAAGGAGGUUGCUAAAUUUGCUUCAUCCAGUAAAGGUAUAUUGCCCACGCCUGCUCCUCCAGUAUCUUCCUCAGUGAUUCCUUCUGGAGCAGCAGUAAGCGCUUCAACUUUACCAAGCCCGUCGACCACAGUCACUCCCCCACCAAGUGGCUUGCCUCAUCUUCCUGGACUCACUCCGCAAAAAUAUGAAGCUGUAAAACGUGCACAGGAGCUAGCUGCCAAGAUGGGAUUCAGACAAGACCCAGAGUUUGCUCCGCUCAUUAAUAUGUUUCCAGGUCAAAUGCCCCCUGAGGUCACCAUUCAACCAAAGCCUUCAAAAGCACCCGUGCUUCGUUUGGAUGCAUUGGGCAGGGAAGUGGAUGAGCAUGGCAAUGUGGUGAAUGUUCCAAAAGUAAACAGCUUGAGUACUCUCAAGGUGAAUAUCAACAAGCAAAAGAAAGACGCCUUUCAAAUUCUCAAGCCUGAACUUGAUGUGGAUCCUGAUGAAAAUCCUCAUUUUGAUGCAAGGAUGGGAAUUGAUAAAAAUAAACUGUUGAGGCCUAAGAAGAUGACCUUCCAGUUUGUUGAGGAAGGCAAGUGGUCAAAAGAGGCAGAAGUUAUUAAACUGAAGUCUCAAUUUGGGGAGGCAAAAGCAAAGGAGCUAAAGGCAAAGCAAGUGCAGUUGGCGAAGGCAAAGGCAGAACCUGAUAUAAACCCAAAUUUGAUUGAAGUAGGAGAGAGGGUGAUUACCAAAGAAAAACAACAGGAACCAAUUCCUGAUGUGGAGUGGUGGGAUGUGCCUUUUCUACACUCUGGCACUUACGGCGACGUGGUCGACAGCGAGAUGAUCAAAGAAAACAUCAAAAUGGACAAGAUCACGAUUUACGUUGAGCACCCUCGGCCAAUUGAGCCACCUGCUGAGGCAGCACCACCUCCACCACAACCCCUAAAGCUGACCAAAAAGGAGCAGAAGAAAUUGCGCACGCAACGUCGGCUCGCCAGGGAGAAAGAACGUCAGGAGAUGAUCAGGCUGGAGGCUCGGCCCGUCUGGCUCGAGUCGAACAAGGCACGGAGAGGACCUGCGGCCGUCUCGGUUUGCCACUGCACGUGCCAGUUCUAUAAGAAAUCAAACCAGAAAAACUGCCCCUAA